GUCCACCAUAGAACGCCGCGCGCGCCGCCUGUAUCGCACCACCACACCACGUGCCUAUUGCCAUACAAUUGUGCGCCGAUUGUGAAAACGUGAAUUAACCUAGCUUUUCGUCGCGCGAAAAUCACCAAGGUCGCUCUAGAUUGCACACUCGUAAUUUUUAGAUAAUAUCUACUGGUGGUACUGAAUCGCUCCAGGGACUUUUGUCUUCGAUGCAGUUUUCUGUUCAUAGUGAAUGUAAAUAAUCGCAGCGACGCCACUUUUCAGAAAUGGCUCCAGCGCAGCAAAACCUCGAAAUGUGUGACGAAAACAUGCAUUCCGAACUAAAAAUUCGUCACCCCACGUACAAAAAUGACAAAGUUGAUCAAUUCGAGAACAAUAACACAGUAUUACGGGACAGUGCUAGUGAAGUGAAAAGUGAUUCUGAUUUUGAUCUAAAAAAGUAUGAAGCCAUGGAGUUUAAGGCUCAAAUUAGAUGGCCGGACCUUACAGUACAAGUUCUCUUGCAUUUAGUUUCUAUUUACGGACUGUACCUGAUGAUUAGUAACCAAGUUAAGCUGUUAACCAUAUUAUUUGCAUUAGGCACUAUAUACACAUCCGGGUUUGGCAUCACGGCGGGUGUGCAUAGGCUGUGGUCACACCGAGCAUACCGCGCGAGAUUACCGCUGCGGAUACUUCUAGCUAUACUCUUUACUAUUACUGGACAGCGUGAUAUUUACAUAUGGGCCCUGGACCAUAGGGUACACCAUAAGUACUCGGAGACGGUGGCAGAUCCUCAUGAUGUCAGAAGAGGUUUCUGGUUCGCCCAUGUUGGGUGGCUGGUACUUACCCCUCAUCCUGCAGCGGAGAACCGGCGAAUUGCACUGCGCCCAACCUGUGCAGAUUUGCUCGCCGAUCCCGUUGUCAGGUUACAGAAAAAAUUCUUCAUUCCAUUGUUCGCGUUGCUGAACAUUGCUCUUCCCAUCUGGGUGCCGUGGUACUGCUGGAGUGAGACCCUGGUGAACAGCUUUGUCAUCAGCUUCGUGACCCGGUUCACCAUCACGCUGAACAUAGCUUUCAGCGUCAAUAGUUUCGCUCACAUGUGGGGCAACAAGCCUUAUGACAGGUUCAUAAAAUCCGUGGAGAAUAGCCUGGUGAGUCUGGCAGCGCUGGGUGAGGGUUGGCACAACUACCACCACGUGUUCCCGUGGGACUACAGGACGUCGGAGCUCGGCAAACUCAACAUCUCCACUGGAUUCAUCGACUUUUUUGCCCGGAUUGGAUGGGCUUAUGAUUUAAAAGCUGCAACAUACGAUAUGAUAUCAAAGCGAGCUCAGCGAUGUGGCGACGGAACUUUUGGCGAGGAUGAAGAGCCUUAUCCGACUUCAGAACACUGCCAUUCCGAAUGAAAAUUAAUCUCUACCGAACGGAUAGUACGAAAAGCCAUGUAAAAUAAUUUUAGACACCAUUUCCUCAUAAUAAUGUAGAGAAUAUGAGUCGUGGAGAAUCUGUCGAUUUUAUUUUUAGUAACUUUACGAAAUUGUGUAAUUUAAUAAGACACUACGUCCUUGGACUGACACCAAUAUAUUAUAUAGGAUCGGUAGAAUAUGCACUGGGUGCCGGAGGGUGUGUAAAUUAAUCUAUAGAUGGAGUUCAGAGAAACACAGUGGAACAACGCUCUUCGCUUUAGUGGACGUAAUUGUUGUAACUAAGUUGACACAUUACAGAAUUUCGCUCAAACAAACUUAUUUGAACUUUAGAAUCACUUGUUUGGAUUCAUAACACAAUUCUCCUAAACAAAAGUUCAAACAUUUAUGUAACUGAGUUGGAGAACAAAACGAAACCACUUACUUUCGGGCGUUGAUUGAAGACUUAUUUUAAGUAUGAUUUCAGAUUACGAAUGAUUGGCGUAACUGAAUGGGUGAUUAUUAGAAAAAUAAUUUAAAACUAAUAAGUACUUACAUCAUUUCAAAGUUAUGUCCCACUAUUGUUUAUCUAAAAAUCAAUGCAUACUUACACUUUUAAGCACUUACUUAAGUAAUAUGUUUGUUAUUAUUUUGAGAUAAUAAUAUAUUUUGUUAUAACAACUUUAUGUAUUUGUUGAAGUCUUUUUACAGUUAGCCCUCGAUCUUGGGGUGUUUGUUUGUAAGUUAUCAACGUUUUGAUAAAAUAAAAUAUAUUUGAACAUGGAAAA